UGGGUCGGCGUAGCCAUGGCGGCUCGUGUCCUUUCCGCUGGUGUCCGCCGACUGCCCGCGGCCUUCGCGCUGCUGCCUCGGGUCCCCACGCUGGCCGCGGCCCGGCCGCUCAGCACCACCCUGUGGCCCGCGGGGGCCCGGACGAGGCCUGGGGCUCCGCAGCCGGCCUCGGUGCUCCCACAGGUUCCAGGUGGAGUCCCACAGCUGUGCCGCCAGUACAGUGACGCGCCCCCUUUGACGUUAGAGGGAAUCAAGGACCGUGUUCUUUACGUCUUGAAACUCUAUGACAAGAUUGACCCAGAAAAGCUCUCGGUAAAUUCCCAUUUUAUGAAAGACCUGGGCUUAGACAGUUUGGACCAAGUGGAGAUUAUCAUGGCCAUGGAGGACGAAUUUGGAUUUGAAAUUCCUGAUAUAGAUGCGGAAAAGUUAAUGUGUCCACAAGAAAUUGUAGAUUACAUUGCGGAUAAGAAGGAUGUAUAUGAAUAAAAUAUCAGACCCCUUUUCUUCCCUGAGAGAAGACUCGGAAGAUACUGGUGAGUGUCUGGAAGAGAGAACGUAUUUUGGCAUCACUGCUGACUUUGACAGAAUAAUUCUGUGUAGACUUGUAUUUAAAUUGUCUUAAGUUUUUUUGCCCUUUGAAAAUAAAUCUAUAAAACCAACAUUUUUCUCAA